AAGAUGCUUGCAGAGGACUUCCUGGAUGCUCGUCUGUGAAUGUAAACAGAGAAAUGUCGCAGUCUCCAGACAGCAGGAGCCUUUUAUCCGCUUCUUCCCAGCUCAACCUGAUGGAAGUAGAGUCGAUUGACGAUAAGGAGUUUGACAUUCCCCAAGUGGACACCCCCCCCACACUGGAGAGCAUCCUGAGUCAGAUGGAGGAGGAGGAGGACCCUUUUGUUCUGGAGGACACCUGCCUUUUAAACACGGACAACAUGGACGCUCAGUCCUAUGACACGUCCUCCUUGGCCAGCUCUGACAGCGGAGACCCGGCACACCUCAAACGGAAGAGAAGGACUCUGGAUCAGAACGCAGCAGUUCACGGCUCGGUCCUUCGCCUCAGCCUGCUGAAGGGCAUCUCCGCUCAGAUAGUUGCUGCUGCUGACAAAGUGGAUGCUGGGCUGCCCACUGCAAUAGCCAUGUCUGGUGUUAUUGCCGUAGGAACAUCUCAUGGUCUUGCCCUGGUGUUUGGAAAAGACACCAACCAGGCUCUGCGGCUCUGUUUGGGCAGCAAGACAACCGGAGCGGAGUUCGGCGCCGUCUCGGCUCUUAGCAUCAACCAUGACUGCUCACGUGUGCUGUGUGGCUUUGCCAAGGGUCAGAUUACAAUGUGGGAUCUCGCCAACGGAAAGCUUCUGAGGACCAUCACUGAUGCCCAUCCUCCAGGGACGGCCAUACUGCAUGUGAAGUUUACAGAUGACCCAACUCUGGCCGUGUGCAACGACAGCGGAGGGUCUGUGUUUGAGCUGACCUUCAGGAGGGUGAUGGGGAUGCGCUCAUGCGACUCACGGUGUCUCUUCAGCGGCUCUAAAGGAGAGGUGUGCUGUAUAGAACCGCUGCGGACUCCUCCAGACUUCAGAGACCACCCCAUCACAUGCUACUCUCUCCUAGCUAUGGCUUCCCUAACCAAGAUUCUGAUCAUUGGACUCAAGCCCAGCCUGAAUGUGUGGAUGACUCUUCCCUACACUAAGUCUGACCCCAGCAGCGUGCCCCAGCUGGCCUGGCAGUUUGUUCCUGUCCAGAAGACGGUCAACCCCAUGCUGGCCUUUUGUAAAGGAGACUCAGUCCACUUCCUGCUGGUGAAGAAGGAGGAGACGGGCACCAUCCAUGUGAUCAAGCAGAGGCAGCUGCAGCUGAGCUGUGACAUCAUCAGCCUGAACUGGAUCAACAGCUGCAGCCUGGUGCUGCUGGACAGCCAUGAGAAGCUUCACGUGGUGGACCGGCCCACUCAGGACGUCCUGGAGACGCUGGACCUGGAGCAGGUGCAGCUGGUCUACAACAGUCGGCACUUCAAGUCCCUGGCAACCGGAGGGAACGUCUCCCAGGCUCUGGCGCUGGUUGGAGAAAAGGCCUGCUACCAGUCACUAUCAAGCUAUGCAGGACAGAUCGUCUGCCUGGGCACCAAGUCAGCUCACAUUAUGUCCCUAAGGAACUGGAAAGAGCGUCUGGACUGUUUACUGAAGCAGGAGCAUUUCACUGAGGCUCUGUCUCUGGCCUGGUCCUUCCAUGAAGGCACCGCCAAGGCUGUGGUUGGCCUGCAUGGAGAUUCACAGAAAAGGAAGGCGGUUAUCAGUGACAAGAUGGUAGAGAUCCUUCUCCAUUUUACAGAGUACGCUGUGAAGAAAUGCCCAGAACAGGGCAAGCUGCAAGUCCUGGAGCAGCAUUUCCAGGAAGUGGUGCCAGUCCUGGUGGAUUAUUGCCUCCUGCUGCAGAAGGCUGACCUGCUGUUCAACCAGCUGUACUCUCGGCUGGUGGAGAACAUGGUUGCUAAGGGCGUCUUCCUGGAGUCACUGGAGUCGUACAUCGUCGCCAAUCGGCUUGGUCACAUCACUACGCCUGUUAUGAAGGACCUCCUGGCACAUUACCAUGACAACGGUAUGAUGGACAGCCUGGAGAGAUGCAUUGUUCAUCUGGAUGUUACCAGUCUGGACAUACAACAGGUGGUCCAGGUGUGUUGGAACAACCAGCUCUAUGAUGCAGUGAUCUAUAUUUUCAACCGAGGCAUGAAUGACUACAUUACUCCAAUGGAGAAACUCUUUUCAGUGAUUGGUCCUAGAGUCAGAGAGGGGCGGAGCCUAACAGGCGAUGAUGUGGUGAUGGGGAAUAAAUUACUAGUUUACAUAAGCUGCUGUCUUGCUGGAAGAGCCUAUCCGAUCGGAGACAUCCCUGAAGAUCUGGUUGUUCAGGUCAAAUACCAGGUGUUUGAGUUCCUGAUCCGUCUCCAUUCAGGCGACUCCUCACAGAAGGAGGAAGUCUUCCCGUUUAUUCACACACUCCUCCACUUUGACACUCGGGAGUUCCUAAAUGUUCUUGCCAUGACAGAGGAAUCUCCAUCGAUGAGAACGGAUUUUCCCAACACACGCUCAUGCUGCAUUCAGACGUUUGAUGAUGUCCAGAACGACAAGCAGGCCCUGGAGUACCAGCAGAGGAUAGUGGACAUCUUACUUCAGGUAAUGGUGGACAACCCUGACUUCACUCCCUCCCAAGUCGGCGGUCUCUUCACCUUCCUGGCUCGGCAGCUGGCCAAGCCAAACAACACGCUGUUUGUGAACAGGAACCUUUUUGAUCAGGUGCUGGAGUUCCUGUGUUGCCCUGACGAUGACUCCCGACAUACUGAACGGCAGCAGGUUCUGCUGGAGCUGCUGCAGGUCGGGGGUGUGGUCCAGUUCAACGAAGAACGGCUCUUCAUGCUGGCAGAGAAAGCCAAGUUCUACCAGAUCUGUGAGUUCCUUUAUGAGAAAAAGCAUCUGUAUGACCGCAUCGUGGACUGCUACUUACAGGACCCACUUCGAAAGGCGGAAAUCUUCAGCUACAUCCACAACCUGAUGUCCAUGCCGGGCUACAGCUCUGAGGAGAAGCUGAAGGUCAAGGAGAAGGUGCUGCAGCACAUGCAGGAGCUGGUGAGCCUGGAUCCUGGUAAAUUAGCUGACCUGGUGGUGUGGCACUUCACAGAGGAGGUGCAGACCAUCAUCUCUGAGCUGCAGGCUUCUCUGUGUGUGUCUCUGCAGGAUGACAGUCUACUUUUCCAAUUCCUCCGCUGCCUCCUGAAGUCUCAGGAAGGAUCUCAGGCCACGUCCCGGCUGCCUCUGGAGUCUGAAUUUUAUGAGCUUUUGCUGGAUCUGAUGUGCCGCUUUGAACCACAGGAGCUUUUGAAGUUCCUCCACACCUCCCAGCAUUACAGGCUUGAGGAGGCCAUACAGAUAACAGAGAAGUACCACUGUAAUGAAGCCAAGGCUUAUCUGCUGGAGAAGAAGGGAGAUAUUCCUGGAGCAUUUGCUGGAUUGCUGCAGACCCUGAAGGACAGACUGGAUGUCCUCGCUGCAGAGAUGAGCGGCAGCAUUGGAGGAGGAGUUGACGGACGGGACGAAGAGGAAGCGAAUGGUGAAUUCACACUGACGACGGUGAAGAGUUCACUCAACCAAAUGAUUCUCUUCUGUCAUCGAAACUGUCAGAACCUUGAUCAAGAGCAAAGGAAGGAUCUGUGGUUUCCACUCCUGGACACCAUGAUGGCCUCUCAGAAGGAAGUCAUGGGGCUCAGCGAUAAACACAUCUCAGAUGGGCUGAAGGAGAUGACCCUGAAGGUUCUCAACUGUAUGAGCAGCUUUAUUUCACUUCCUGCCAUCAUUCAGCAGAUCCUACAGGAUCCAGUUUAUGGAAGAGGAAAGCUGGCGGAGAUCCAGGGACUCAUUCUGGGCAUGCUGGACACGUUCACCUAUGAACAGACUCUGCUUGAAACAACAACAAAUCUGCUGAACCACGACCUCCACUGGUCCCUGGCACACCUCCGCUCCGCUGUCACCAAAGGGCUUCAUCCCCGUCAGGACUGCUGCAACAUCUGCCUGCAGCACUACAAGAGGAAGCAGGACGCGUCCGAGGAGAUCAUCGUGUUCAGCUGCGGCCACCUGUACCACCUGCAGUGCCUGCAGCAGAAGGACUGUGGGUGGGGCGCGGCCUCAGAGCCGCAGCAGCCAUGGAGGUGCUACAAGUGUUCCUCCAGCCAUGGAGGAAGGGGCGGGGCUUGUUCUGAGCCAAACAGAAGCCGCAGCGCGUCUCUAGCCCAGACUCGAUUUUCAUCAGGACAUCAUGAGAAAGGAACUGAGACUCACAGGAAGAAGGUGGUUGCUGUGGCAACAUUGGAUGUGCAGCAGGAGCUCUCCUGGGAUCACUUGCGAGGGUUGUACAGGGGACCGUCCAGGCUGUCCAUCCUCUCUGAGGUCUCGCACGGCCACAGCAGUGAGAAAGCAGGCUUCCUGCUUCCAGCCCAGCCAGAGAGUUUCCACCUGAAGCUCGCUCCUCCUCCUCUGUUUGAGGAGUAGCUCCUCCAGGGCCUCAAGAAAACGUUCCCUGCUUCCGUUUCCGGUCGUCCCUCGUUACUUUGACUAUCCUGAAGCAUUAAAACAUUAACAUAGCUAACAUAUUUUUGUUUGUUAUUGUUCUCCCACUACUGUGACUUUAUUCUCUUCAUUUCAUCUGUUCAUUCCUCCAUCCGUCCACUUAUUCAUCACCCUCAGGGUCUUUAAUGAUGGAUAGAAAUAUCAGAAAGGGGAGCAGCAGCCAAUGUGAUAAUGAUAUAACUUAAGCUAACAUUAGCAUUUUAGCUAAUUUUAGCUUUAACCCACUCUGCCUGCCAGUGUUUCUGUAGAAAUAUGUUGUCUUUGAUAUCUUUAGCAGUGAGAUCAAACAGAGUGACUAUUGGUGUCUAACUGUGCUUUGGUACCUGAUGCAGAAACACAAACAUGUUCGUGAUUUUUGUAAUAAAGCAUUGUGCGGUAUUUCAUUC